AUGUUGCUCCGUCUUCUUCCAGUAUCUGCCCUCGUUCUGAGCACGUUCACGGCCGCGGAUAAGAGUCCAGGCACCGAGCCCUACUCUCUACCAGGGUUCUCGGCAGCCGAGUCACAUACGGUCAACCUCACCUGUACAGAAUGCGCCUUCGCAAGCAAUGGCUGUAGCAGCAGUGGCCGUGCUGUCUCAUUCCUAACAAUAACGUUUGCGCUUACCGAUGACUCUCUCCUCGUCAACAACGCCACCGUCUUCCCUCCCUCCCUGCCCAUGCAAUUCCAGGCCAAUCGGCAUUGGAUCUCGAACGCGGACUUGGAGUCGGUACCCAAGUUUGAGAGCAAAACCGCCACAGUAUCAUACGAACUCGACACAAAAGCUAUUCCAUCGUCACAUCAGCAAAGUCCUGUCGGCAGUAAGGGCGACAUCCAUCAUUUGACGCUGAGCCUUUUCGACGCUCAGGGUCGGGCGGCUACUGAGAGGCUGGUGUCCAUUGGCCUGGUUCGUGAGCCUAACGUGAAGCUCGCAGUCGUCCAGGUCGAGGAGACGAUUCACCGCGUAUAUCACCACCAAAUCCACAAAGUGCAGUACCAGGACAAAGAGGGCAAAUGGAGCUGGUGGCGGAUGAACGACUGGAAAUCCUACUCUGUUUCACAGAAUCAAGACACCGGUGAGGCGGGCACAGGGACAGGAACAAAAGCCGUGCCCUCCCACUGCCCUCAAUCUGAAGCAACAGCGGAUGGUGCAUGGAAAUUGAGGGAACCCCUUGAGCGCUUUUCUUGUUGGUUCGGCAAACCUGGCUUCACCGGGCUGACAGUAUCGGCUCUUGCUUGUGUCGUGGGAUAUCUUGUGGGGAAGGCCAUUGUCCGGUUGUACGAGUAUUUCUGCGAGGGGAGAGCGGCCCCUCGUAGAGAGGCUGACCCCGAAAGCGAUGCUGAGGAGGCCGCCCCUGAGUCAGAGAAGAAAGAAUCGUUUAUGAAGUCAUGA